UUGCAAAUGAAAGGAUUCCUAAGCACCUUCUUGCUUAGUCUUUUCUCCUCAUUUUGCCCAGGGUGCACGCAACCCUGAAGCACUAGGACCGUGCGGAAUCCAGGCCACUAUGGCGCCUCUGUUCACCGCCAGAAUCCAGUUGCUGCUUCUGCAGGCGAUGGGCUUUCUCAUUGGCCUAAUAGGCCAAGCAGCUCGAGCCUUCGGCGGCCCCAAGUUUGGCUCAAGGACCACACCGCCUGUGACUGAACCAUUACUGCUGCUUUCGGGGGUGCAGCUGGCCAAGCUGAUCCGACAGAGGAAGGUGAAAUGCAUAGACGUUAUUCAGGCUUAUAUCAACAGAAUUGUGGAUGUGAACCCACUGAUCAAUGGAAUUGUCAAGUACAGGUUUGAGGUAGCUAAGAAGGAGGCUCAUGCUGUAGAUAAAAAGCUUGCAGAGAAGCAGGAAGAUGAUGCCACCCUGGAAAAGAAAUGGCCCUUCCUUGGGGUUCCUUUGACAGUCAAAGAAGCUUUCCAGCUACAAGGAAUGCCUAAUUCUUCUGGCCUUGUGAAUCGUCGGAAUGCCAUUUCCAAAACAGAUGCCACUGUAGUGGCAUUUCUGAAGGAAGCUGGUGCCAUUCCUCUUGGCAUAACCAACUGUAGUGAGCUGUGCAUGUGGUAUGAAUCCAGUAACAAGAUCUAUGGCCGAUCCAACAACCCAUAUGAUUUACGGCAUAUUGUAGGUGGAAGUUCUGGUGGUGAAGGUUGUACCCUGGCAGCAGCAUGCUCCGUGAUUGGUGUGGGCUCUGAUAUUGGUGGCAGCAUUCGAAUGCCUGCAUUCUUCAAUGGCAUAUUUGGACAUAAACCUUCCCCAGGUGUGGUCUCCAACGAGGGUCAGUUUCCUGUGGCCAAGGGAGCCCAGGAGCUGUUUCAGUGCACUGGUCCAAUGUGCCGCUAUGCUGAAGACCUGGCCCCCAUGCUGAGAGUCAUGGCAGGACCUGGGAUCAAAAAGUUAAAACUAGAUGAAAAAGUGCAAUUAAAGGAUUUGAAAUUUUACUGGAUGGAACAUGAUGGUGGCUCAUUUUUAAUGUCCAAAGUGGACCAAGAUCUCAUUCUGGCUCAGAAAAAGGUUGUGGAUAACCUGGAAAAUAUGCUAGGAGCUUCAGUUCAACAUGUUAAACUGAAGCAAAUGAAGUAUUCUUUUCAGUUAUGGGUCACAAUGAUGUCAGAAAAGGGACAUGAUGGGACGGAACCUGUGAAAUUUGUGGAUCUGCUUAGUGACCAUGGGAAACCUAUCAACCCUCUGUGGGAAUUGAUGAAAUGGUGCUUAGGCCUAUCAGUGCACACCAUCCCAGCCAUUGGACUGGCCUUGUUGGAAGAAAAGCUGAAGUACAGCAGUGAGAAAUACAAAAGGUACAAGGCGAUGGCAGAGAGCCUGCAUAAAGAACUGGUGGAGAUGCUGGCUGAUGAUGGUAUCUUCUUAUAUCCCUCCCAUCCCACAGUGGCUCCCAAGCAUCACGUUCCUCUGACAAGGCCUUUCAACUUUGCUUACACAGCACCGAGCUUCAGGGAGGUUCAGUGACUUGUCUCCAGUAACACCGCAUGAACCGACUGAAGCCAAAGGCUGCCUUGGCUCUUCUGAUAAAUGGUAAAGCCAAGUCAGCUGUUUUCCCAGGAUUUGUGGCUUCCCAGAAAAUGCUAGUACAAAAUAUAAUUCUCCAAGUUGAUCAUCUAUUUGCCUAGCUAUUAUCACGUCUGAGUUUGAUUCAUUCUAGUAUUCACCCAAUUAAUUUAUUUCAGUUUCAACUGGUUUGGGAGCUGUGUCUGUACUGUGGUUAUGUGAGAUCUAAAGGCCCCUGGAAAUGUACCGGGUCAGUUUCUAUGGUUUCUAUAAGGUCUCUUCCAGGGAACCACACUAUAUGCUUCCCUACUCUAGAAACCUAUGGUCCACUUUAACUUGGAAUUUGGAGAUUGGUUUCUUUGAGUUCAAAUACUUGACUCUUAUUAGUUUCUACCUGUGUUUCCUGGUGCAAGACAUUGAAUGUUUCUGAAUCUAUUUCCUCCUCUAGGAAUUCAGGGUAAUUGCACUGUUGCUGUCAAGAGUAAAUUAUAUAAUGCAUGUAAAGUACUUGGCAUAGGGUUGUGGAGGAUGAGGGGGAGAGGGUAUCAAAUAACAGUUUAUAUCCUUCAUUUACUCAUCUUUACUCUUAAUUCUUGGCUUUGGUCACUCACUUCCAAUUCCUUGAAUCUUUGAAGUAACUUUCUGCCUAAAUUUUUAUCACCUACCUACUUAAGUUCUGAAGACAGGAAACAUAAUUUUCUAUAGGAAAGAACCUAAAGAGGAAGUUAC